AUGGACACUAAAGAUCACAAAGAUGAUGGCAUUAUCGACGACACCUACGCCGAAGGCACUGGCGAGGAAACAGUUCUUGAGGUCGACCAUAUCGCCGAGCGUCAACUCUGUCGAAAAUUUGACGUUCGGUUGAUGCCUGUCUUGGCUAUCAUGUACCUCUUCAACGCCCUGGACAAAGGCAAUCUGGGAAAUGCGCAGACUGUUGGCCUCAGCGACGAUCUCAACUUCAAGCCAAAUCAGUAUAACCUCCUCGUGUCAAUCUUCUUCGUCCCCUAUGUCAUCUUUGCUCCUCCUACCGCCAUCAUCGGAAAGAAAUACGGUCCUGCGCGAGUCCUUCCAAUUCUCAUGUUUACGUUUGGAUCCAUGACUUUACUUGCUGCCUGCACGCAAAACUUUGGUGGCAUGUUUGCCUUGCGAUUCUUUCUUGGCAUGGCGGAAUCUGGCUUCUUUCCGCUGGUGAUCUACUACUUGACCACCUUUUAUCGAAGAGGCGAACUUGCACGACGUCUGGCGAUAUUCUACGCAGCUUCUAAUAUCGCGAACGCCUUUAGCGGUCUUCUAUCAUUCGGCGUCUUCCAAAUCGACUCCAAAAUCUUCGUCUGGCGAUACCUCUUCAUCAUCGAAGGCUCAGCUUCAGUGCUCUUCUCCAUCUUUGCAUUCUGGUACCUCCCACGAAGUGCGGCGCAGGCCAAGUUUCUCGGUGAAGAAGAAAAGGCGCUGGCUUUUCAUCGCAUGCAAGUCGAUUCUUCGUCUGUUGUGCAGGAAAAGUUCAACUUUAAGGACUCUAUCAAGAUCUUUACUUAUCCGACGACGUAUUGCUUUUUGUUGAUUGAGAUUUGCCUUGGUGUACCGAUUCAAUCGGUCGCGCUGUUCAUGCCUCAGAUCAUUCAGCGAUUGGGAUAUGGACCCGUCAAGACGAAUCUUUACACUGUCGCGCCAAACGUCGGUGGUGCUGUGAUGCUUCUCAUCCUGGCCUUUAGCUCCGACUUUUUGCGCAUUCGCUUCCCGUUUAUUAUGCUCGGAUUCGCCCUGACAUUCAUCGGUUUCAUCAUCUACGCGGCCAUUUCCGACGUCCAAGCUCAAUUGCAAUUAGCAUACUACGCCUGUUUCAUGAUGGUCUGGGGAACGUCAGCACCAUCAGUGCUUCUUUCAACAUGGUACAACAACAACAUCGCCCACGAAGGUCGUCGCGUUGUCCUCACAUCAGUCGGCGUCCCACUCGCUAAUCUCAUGGGUCUCGUAUCAAGCAACAUCUUCCGCGAGAACGAGAAGCCCAAAUACCCCACAGCUCUUAUCACGACUGCUUGUUUUGGUGCAUGUGGAUGCCUCAUUGCGGGUCUUCUUGGUGGGUAUAUGGUGCUUGAUAACAUGCGGAGGAAUCGAAGAGCGGGGAGGAAGACUACAGCUGCUGAUGUACCGACAAAGCGUCUGCGCGACGGGCCAGCGGUACCCGAGUUUCGCUGGUUUUUCGUCGACUCGCUCGACACACCCUCCAUGAUUGUCGACCUCGAUGUCAUGGAGGCCAACAUCAAGAAGCUCAUGGACAGACUACUUCCAACUGGGCGCAGCAUUCGACCCCAUCUCAAGACGAGCAAGAGCGCUAUCGUCGCAAAGAAGCUUGCCGCUGCUGGUGCAAAGGGCGGAUGUGUCGCAAAGCUGAGUGAGGCUGAGGCAAUUGCUGCUGCUGGUUUUACAGACCUUCUCAUCACUUGUGAGAUUGUCGGACCAGCCAAAGUCAAGAGGCUGGUCGAGCUAUUCAGAAAACAUAACGAGAUCAGGAUUGUGGUGGACGACGAGAGAGCUGCGACGGCUAUCAACGAUGCGUUGGAAAAGUCAGGAAUUGAAGAAGCCAUUUCAGUUUUGAUAGACUUGGAUGUCGGACUGCAUCGCACAGGAACUCAGCCCGAAGGAGCUAUACCACUAGCAAAACACAUCAGCACUCUGAAACACAUGCGUCUUAUUGGAGUUCAAGGCUACGAAGGUCAUCUCCAACAUCUUCCCGACUUUGCAGACCGCAAGGAACAGUGCCUCGAAUCAAUGAAGAUCCUCACCGAUACUGCUCAAGCACUGAAGAACGAGGGUUUUAACAUUGAAGUUGUGACAACUGGCGGAACAGGCACAGCGGACUUCUGCGCAACUGUACCCGGCGUGACAGAACUACAGCCUGGUUCAUUCAUCUUCAUGGAUACCGACUAUCGCAAAGCCAUCGGGUCAUACUAUUCCCACAGUUUAUCGUUCUUGGCAACCGUCGUUAGCAAGCAAGGCGAGCGACAGGUCACGAUUGACACUGGUCUCAAGUCUUUGACGACGGAUAGUGGCUUAGCUGAGUGCAAGGAUCAAAGAUAUAGCUACUUCCAACUGGGCGAUGAGCAUGGGGCGUUGACUUGGGAGGAGGGUACACCAGCGCUUGACGUUGGGGAUAGAGUUGAGAUGAUCCCAAGUCAUAUUGACCCAACUGUCAAUCUCCAUGACUUUUACUAUGCGUAUCGGAAUGGGGUCAUUGAGGAGAUUUGGCCAGUUGACUCUCGAGGAAAGGUUCAAUAG